AUGAUCACAGCUCAGUGCCUGAGGGUGUGUAGACCCUCGAUUCGGGUGCUCGCCGCCCCGGCGGCGGUCGCGCGACCAUUUCACACUAGGUCGUCGAGCUUCACGAGCAGACUCUUCCGCGACGAACGCGACCGCGCCGCAAGUGCGGAGGCGACUGAGGAUCGGGAUACAGAAUUUAAGAAGAUGCGUCAGAAAACGCUGGGGGAGGCGGGCGAGAAGGAGCUGUUUAGCCAGACACAUCCGCGGCUCAAGUCGCGCGAGGGCCGCAUGUCCAUCGCAAAAUUCAGAACAAACUGGCUCAACCAGGACCCGCCUGACUCUUCCAAAUACGUGACGCUUGACGGUCGCAUACAGUCGAUUCGUAAGCACGGUAACAAGCUCAUCUUCGUCACUAUGGUCAACGACAGGAAGACGAUCCAGGGCAUGAUCAACUUCAAGAACAUGAAGCCACCCAUGCUGUUGGACGCUUUUAAACUGUUCGGUCGCAUGAUUGAAAAGGGUGACCACAUCUCUAUUACCGGCAAGCCGGCUCGGAGCGGUACAGGCGAGCGAAUUCUCGAGGCUCACAUUCUGCCCGAGCUCCUCUCGCCUGCCCUCGAACAGAUUCCCGAGUCCCUUACCGACCCCGAGACCAAGUCGCAGAAGCGGCAUGUCGACAUGCUCGUGAACCCCGAGGUUGCUGAUACCCUCCGCCUCAAGUCCCACCUCAUGCAACACAUUCGCACCCACUUCCUCGAGGAUGACUUCCUCGAGCUCGUCUCGGCGCGCGCCGAGCUCUUCGUCGACGGCCGUGAACUGGCCAACAUGUACGAGGAGGAGAACGACCCGGCCGCCCAGGCGCGCAAGCUCGCCGAGCACCGCGUCCUGGCAGGGCAGAAACCCGGCGAGGACGAUGGUGAGCUCGAUGCCGACAUGGAGGCUGCGCCGCUGGACAAGAGCUACAUCAAGGCCAUGGAGGCCGGCCUGCCGCCCACCGGCGGCUGGGGCUGCGGCGUCGACAGGCUGGUCAUGCUGUUCUCGGGCGCCAACCGCAUCAGCGACUGCCUAACAUUCGGCACGUUGAGAAACGUCGUCGGGCUCUCGGCCGAGGGCCCUGGACAGGCCGCCGCUACCGGCAGCACUGCUGAGGGCCAGGCUGAGCCUGAGAAGAAGUAA